AGUUGUUGAUGGUAGAAACGUUUGACGGCUUAUUCGGUUUUUUGUUUCCUUUUUGUUGGGCCAGACUUGGUUUGGCCCAGAAUGCGGGAAACACUGACUCGAAGGUGGUCGAAGGCCGUUUUCCAUGCAGCCGAUAACGGCGACGAGGAGUAAUCGGCGAUGGAGGGGAAAGUGAAGGAAGAAGUAAUGAAGAGCAUAACGGAGGGACUGUCAUCUAUGGAAGACCUCUACUUCCCUCGCGCACUUCUGUCGUCGGCUUCCCAUCCCUCCCAACGGAAGUCCAUCCUCCUCGACCUACUCUUUCGCGUUGUCACCAUCUUCUUGGAGACAUUGAUGAGGAGGUCAGAGGAAGCAAUGUUGAUUGCAAAGAUUAGGGAGGAGCAGUGGAGGCAGGGCGUGGCUGAGGCAGACUGGGUUGGCUAUGAGAGAUACCGAAAACAACAAGAAGAAGGGGAAGUGGAGAAGGAGGAAGAAGAAGAAGUGAGGAGUGCAUCUUGCAGAGAGCAAAAUGUGGAGAUGGUUUCUGCUGAAGACAUGCAAGAUGGGAUGGAACAGUUUACCUACAUCAUGCAGCAGAAGUUUCUCUCUGGUGAAGAUCAUCAAUAUUUAGAUUACUCAAAAAUAGAUGAGGAUGAGACCUUGGACGAUCAUUGGCUUAGAGAAGCUAACCAUGAUGCUGAGGAGAAAUGUUUUGCUAAAUAUUAACAACAAAAAGUCACAUUAACUUAUUGCUGAAGUGUCAGAGCUAACCUUUGGUUUAUUGGCAGGUAUUUGCUUGUGUAAUUUUAUGCCUUUUUGUACAAAUGGUAUGUGAUCAGAUGUUUUGAAUAGUUUGAGGCUAUUGUGAAAAUUUGCUAUUAUCAUUUAUCAGCCCUAGUAUCUAGUCUAGAAUUAAGUUUUUGAGUGAUU